AUGUUUUCACACAGAACAAAUACAUUUUAUGUGGGGAUAUGCUCAGUUGCAUUGCAUAGUUGUAAUUUUGUGCAUACAGUUCUGAAUGUUGGUUUUCUGCACAGCUUUGACAUCAGUUUAACCUGUGGCCACAAUGAGGAGAAAGAGGAUGAAAAGCUCGCUGAUGUGGCCCUUAAACUCAGCGCUCGAUUCACUGAAAGGCAGUUCUUGAGGAACGCACGGGUUUCUGGGAAAUGGAGUGAGGAGGAGGCACCCAUAGCUUACUUCCCCUUCAUCCCGGACCAGCCUUUUAGGAUUGAGAUCCAUUGUGAGCACCAGCGCUUUAGGAUCUUUGUGGACGGACACCAGCUGUUUGACUUUUAUCACAAAGUAAAGUCUUUGCAGGCCAUUAAUAUGAUCCGGAUAGUUGGGAGUCUUCAGAUCACCAAACUGGGAUAA